AUACUGCGACACACAUCACAGCGAAAGUGAAAGCAACAACGAUCGUUGACUACUUGUCAUCACCGAGUUUACGAUCACAGAGCAGGAGACGGACACGGAGUUCCUGACGCUAAUAGUUUGGAAUGCAUUAGUUGAUCAUGAGUGCUGGAGAGAAAGAUGACGGCUCUGCCAAUAUGAGCGGUUCAAAAGAAGACCUUCACUCUGAGCUAACUGAAAAGGAGAGAUCAGACUCACCAACAUCAUCAUCACAUCAGUCUCUGAGGAGUGAGAGAUCAAUUCCUCUUCCACUGAACUUCAGUGAUGAAGCACAGAAAAAUACAGAAAGAAGUAAACAGGAGAGAACAGACUCACCGACAUCAACAGAUCAGUCUCUGAGGAGUGAGAGAUCAAUUCCUCUUCCACUGAACUUCAGUGAUGAAGCACAGAAAAAUACAGAAAGUAAGUUGUCUGUGGAAGAAUCCCUACAGCAUGCAGAGUCCACACCUGCUAAAGGAGUCUGUCAGCAGCACCACAGAGAUCUGGAAGUGUUCUGUAAGACUGAUAACAAGUACAUCUGUAACGUCUGUGCGGAGCAAGAGCACCAAGGACACAGUAAAAUCUACACUGUGAAACCUGACGUGUCAGACAGUCAAUCCCUGCUGCUUCAUAUAAUGAAGAAAAUGAAGACAGAAAACUUCCAAGCCUUUAAAAGAGAACUAUCAGAGGAUUACCCAGAAUGCUUAGGGAGUGAGCCGGAUGAGCUCAGUGUCUCUGACGCUGCUAAGAAAAUAGUGGAGAGCUUUGGAGAAGAGGGAGCUUGGAGAAUCACUUUUCACUUCCUGACAAAUGCUAAUCCUCUUCAAAAAAACACGGAAGCCAAUAAAGCAAAACUUACGAACAAAUGUCAGCAUGUAAAUGAAGGAAAUUCAUCUCAAGAUAAACAGAGUUUAUUGAAGGAGAUCUACACCGACCUCUACAUGACAGUGGGUGGAAGUGGACAGAUAAAUAAUGAACAUGAGGUGUUGAGGAAUGAAAUGAUUUCACAAAGCAGAACCACUUCAGAAAGUCAACUCACAUGUAAUGACAUCUUCAAGAUCCUGCCAGGACAAAGAAAACAAAUCAGGACAGUCCUGACAAUGGGCAUAGUUGGCAUUGGAAAGCACGUGUCAGUACAGAAGUUUAUUCUAGACUGGGCGGAUGGAAUAGCAAACCAAGAUAUUCAAGUCAUCAUCCAUCUACCAUUUUGUGACCUCAACCAGAAAAAGGAUAACUGCGGUCUUCUACAGCUGAUUCAUCAAUAUGUUCCUGAGCUGAAAGAAGCAGAUCUUCCAAAAAUGAAAGUGCUUUUUAUUUUAGAUGGUUUAGAGGUCUGUCAGUAUCCUCUUGAUUUCCACAAGAACUACAAAUGCUUUGAUAUAAAUGAGGAAGUUCCAGUGGAUGUGCUGCUCACAAACCUCAUCAGGGGGAAUCUGCUCCCCUCUGCUCUCCUCUGGAUAACCACACGACCAUCAACAGCCAGUCGGAUCCCUCCUGAGUAUGUCCAACGGGUCACAGAGAUUCGAGGGUUCAAUGACCAGCAAAAAGAAACAUACUUCAGGAAAAAAAUAACUGAUCAAAAGCUGGUGAAUGAAAUCAUCACACACAUCAAAUCAUGUCGGAGCCUCUACAUCAUGUGCCACAUGCCCAUCUUCUGCUGGAUUUCUGCCACUGUGCUAGAAAAUAUGAUGAGUAAUGGUAAUUCUGAUAAAAUGCCCAGAACUCUGACUGAGAUGUUCACUCGCUUCCUGCUCAUUCAGAUCAGCCUCAAGCAUAAGAAGUUCAAUGGAGCUGAUGUUGAUAACCCAGAGAAACUCUCUGACUUUGACAGAACAUUGAUUCUGAAUCUUGGAAAACUGGCUUUCCAGCAAUUGGAGAAGGGCAAAAUGAUUUUCCAUGAAGAGGAUCUGAUAGAUGGUAACAUUGAUGCGAGUAAAGUCUCAGAGUACUCAGUGUGCACAGAGAUGUUCAGAGAAGAGCUGGGAUUGUACAGAGAGAAGGUCUACAGCUUUGUGCAUCUGAGCUACCAGGAGUAUCUGGCUGCAGUAUAUGCUCACUUUGCAUGUGUUAAUGAUCAGGAAAAUGUUCUUGACAAAAAUGAAUCCACAAAUCUUUCUGAUGUACAUAAGAGUGCAGUGGAUAAAGCUUUGAGGAGUGAAAAUGGACAUCUUGACCUCUUCCUUCGCUUCCUUUUGGGUCUUUCUGUUGAUCCUAACUGCACUCUCCUGCAAGACCUUCUCACCAAAGGCAGUUCAGGUAAACCCUGUGUAGACAAGAACAUGACAGUGCAUUUCAUCCAAGAGAAGAUCAAAAAGGAACAAUCCCCAGAGAGAAUCAUCAACCUGUUCCACUGUUUAAAUGAGUUAAAUGACAACACUCUGGUUAAAGAGAUCCAGACUGCCAUGAAAUCAGGAACACUCUUGGGUAGUGAGCUGGAGCCUGAGCAGUGGUCAGCACUGGCUUAUGUCUUGCUGAAAUCUGGGGAGGAAUUAGAUGAGUUUGACAUGAAGAAGUUCCACACAUCAACAGAAAACCAGCAAAGAUUGCUGCCUGUGCUCAGGAUCUGCAAAAGUGCCAGAUUGGAUUGUUGUAAUCUCUCGUCUGAGUCCUGUGGACUAGUGGCCUCAGCUUUGCAGUCAGUCAAUUCACCUUUGAGAGAGUUGGAUCUGAGCAACAAUAAACUAGAAAAGUUUGGAGUCAACGUCCUCUUGACUUGUCUAACAAAUCAUUAUUGUCAAUUGCAAAUACUAAGUCUGGCUGGCUGUGAUUUCCCACCAGUAUCCUGUGCAAAUUUGGCCUUAACUCUUAAAUCAACAAACUCACCCCUGAGAGAACUGGAUCUGAGUUGCAAUAAGAUAGGUGAUGAUGGAGUGAAGAAGCUCUGUGAUGGACUAAUUAGUCCACUCUGUAGGAUUCAGAAACUUAAGUUAAAGCGGUGUGGUCUCACAGAUGCUUGCUGUGUGAAUUUAGCAUCAGUUCUGAAAUCUAAUUCACACUUGAGGGAGCUGGAACUGAAAAGCAAUGAUCUGCAGGAUUCAGGAGCGAAGCAGCUCUCAAUGGGACAACAGGAUCCACAGUGUAGAUUAGAGAUACUGGGAUUGUCAGGGUGUAUGAUCACAAAGGUGGGCUGCAGUUCACUGGCCUCAGCUCUCAGCUCAAACAAUGGUCAUCUGAAAGAACUGGAUCUGAGAUACAACCACCCUGGAGAACUGGGAGUGAAAUUGCUCUCCACUAAAGCAGAGGAUCCAAACUGUAAACUGGAGAAACUACAUGUUGAGAAAGGAGGAGAAUGUCGGAUGAAACCAGGUCUGAGAAAAUAUGUCUGUCAGCUCUCAGUAGAUGUAAACACAGUAAAUCGACGCCUGAAACUAUCUGAAGGGAACCGGAAAAUAUCAGAAACUAGAGUGGUGCAGGAAUAUCCUGAUCAUCCGAACAGAUUCAACCUGUAUCCCCAGGUCAUGUGCAGAGAGCCUCUGACUGAUCGCUGUUACUUUGAGGUGGAGUAUGAUGGUGGAGUUGGAGUGGCAGUGGCCUAUAAGACCUCUGAUAGGACACAGAAUAUUAUGGGAGUUAGAAACCCAUUCCCUGCUCUUCUCUGUCUGGAUGGAAAACUGAAAUUGUGGCACAAUAAUGAGAUUACUCGUAAGUUCCCUGUGUCUAGUUUGUCUAAAAGAGUAGGAGUUUAUGUGGACUUGGAACAUGGAAGUCUGUCAUAUUACAGCAUUUGUAAUGACAAACUCAUUCACCUGCACACACACCACACAACAUUCACUGGCACCUUAUAUACAGGGUUUAUCUUUCUGCCCUACUCCUCUGUGACUCUGUGUGAGAUAACAUAGACCCUGAGGGGAAGCAGACAUUUCAAAAGGAAGUUAGACAUUUUGUCAAAUGUUUUUUUUUUUUUCUUUUACUCACAGUAACUCAGAAAAUAAUAUAAGUUGAAUGAUGCAUUACUCUACAAAUGGCUUACUUAUAGUUAGUUGAAAAAUAUGAGUAAGUAAAUUCCAUUUUGGGUGAACUGUCUCUUUAAUUUGUCCAUGGUUCCAAAAAAAAAAAAAAAUAUUAAAUAAGCUGUUUUGCUGUUUUAGUGCUCAGUGCAAACUGGCUAAGUAUGUAAUAGAAUAUAUACUAUCAGAUAGUGCUCACUGAAUGUUAUUACAGGACAGAAGAAAAAGCUGCUCUAGAAGCUGCCUGCUAGCUAAAGCUAGCUACUUAUUUCUAUGGACAAAAUGACAUUUUUAAAGUGGCUUUGUGAAAUAAAUUUUGUUUUAUUGCCAUUGUGUCAACAGCGAGUAACGGAAUUAAAAAAAAAAAAAAAAAAAUGAAAUGAAAUGAAACCUGUAGACUCCCAGCAGGCACACAACGUCAUAAGACGUAAAUAUUUGGUUAGAUUUAGGUCGCGACGUCAGGUAACCAAAAUUCAAUGUCAAGCCAACGUCUAAUGACAAUGUUACUGUGACAUCCAAUACCGACGUCAGCUGAUGUUGAUAUUUUGUUGUUUUUAGGUUGUGUUGUAAAGUUACCAAAAUCCAACGUCUCCUAGAUGUCAUAAUGGUAACGUCCACACAACGUCAAAUUCUAACAUCAUUAGACGUUGAUAUUUAGUUAGAUUUAGGUUGAGGCAUUAACCAACCAAAAUCCAACGUCAAGCCAACGUUUUAAGCCAACGUCAUAUUGAUGUCAAAUACUGACAUUUAGUCGUCAGGUAUGGAGACCAAAACCCAACGUCUUGUAGACGUCAUAUUGGUAACGUCCACACAAUGUCAAACUCUAACAUCAUUAGACAUUGAUCUUUUGUUAGUUUUAGGUUGUGGCAUUAACUAACCAAAAUCCAACGUCAAGCCAACGUCAAGUCAACGUCUUAAACCAACGUCACAUUGACGUCAAACACUGACAUUUUGUGGUCUGGUAUGGCAACCAAAAUCCAACGUCUACUAGAUGUCAUAAUGGUAGCAUCCACUCAACGUCAAACUCUAACAUCAUUAGACAUUGAUCUUUUGUUAGUUUUAGGUUGUGGCAUUAACUAACCAAAAUUCAAUGUCAAGCCA